AUGUCGCACUUAGUGCCAGGACCGCCGAAACCCGUGGAAAAGCAGCCACCCAAUGUCAAUGUUAUGACAACAAAGUUAAAACUGUUCCUGGUGCUGCUGGUAAUGCUGGCAUAUGUAUAUGUACUGUACUUUGUCAAGACAAUGUAUGGAAAGGUAAAACGAAUGGAUCGGAUGAAUGUACUGGUCAUGGAAACCCAGCAGAUGCUCCACCAGCUGCAUGUCAUGGACCAGAACCAGGGCAUAGACAUAGAGCAACUUGACAAUAUGUAUGAAGACUAC